UGAAGCUCCCUAUGCACACAUCUUCUGGUUUCCUGAGAGUUAUUCGCCUAAAAUUACCACUGAGUAAGAGCGAUGUUUAUCUUUCGGCAUUACAUGAAGGUCUUGCUCCUUAUCUGUCAACUGCCCCUACUCACAAUGCAAGACGAUGACGAAAAGAAGUGCCCACCGCUCACAAUAACUGAGGCAAAGGUCCAGCUAAGGCUACAUGGUGGUGGACCUUUGGGUGCAUACAACAAGAACUACAUGGCCUUUACGUUAGAUGAAGUGAGGAGAAAUUUUAAAAACCCUGUCACCAUGCAGCCAGGAAACUUCUCGGCGUUGUUCGCCUCGGCAAAUCUAGCUGAUCCAUGCAAAGGAACUACAUCGGGAAACGGCUGCAAAGAGUGCUUCUUCACAACAGACUUCGGCCAGGGCCAUUAUCCGCGAUACAUAGAGGAACGCAGUUGCGAGAGUACAGUCCAUGAUUGCGACGGGACGGGUAAUACAGGAUGCAGAACAGCAGUUAUGAGGCAGAGAUUUUUAAAAGAUCCCGCUCAGGAACUGAAGACCUGCGAUAAAAAGUUGAAAUUGGACGUAUACUAUUAUGACAUGAAAAUGUGUUGUCAAUGCGUGAAGCUAACAUGAUGGCAAGUGAAAACUUGGCCAUGUGACUCUUCCAAUCGACCAAUCGGAUUUCUCGAGUGUGAACUUUCAAAUUUUUUUUGGCUGCAAUUUUUCAGACCUUUGUACCGUAAAGUAGUGAUAAAAAUUUAGAGUAAUUCCGAUAAUUGCAACGAAAUUAAGCCGCCAGUCUAUUGCGUACAACAUGUGUAUCAUUUUCUUAACCAGUCCUCUCACGUCCUAGCAAAGGAAACAUACAGGUGGGAAACUAAGCCGAGUUGAGUUUUACGAGUAUCACUUUAACGUUGCUAACAAUGUAUGAAAUGCCAACGUUAUACAAAAUACUAUUUGCUCGUUUAAGUUGAGAUUACGCCACUAACGACGAUUUUUGUUUGGUAUGAAAACGGCAAAAAUAUCCGAUAAUUAUCAUUAAAUAGUGAAACGUCAUAUUUCGCAUUAAAAAUGCCUCAGUGA